AUGGCAGAUGUUGAGCAUGGUGAGAUGUCUCUUGGAGACGAAUACACAAAGGAUGGAACGGUGGAUCUUAAAGGACACCCUUCUCUUAGAUCAAAGGGAGGGAAGUGGACUGCUUGCUUCUUCAUUUUUGCAUCAGAAAUGUUCGAGAGGGUGGCUUAUUUUGGGAUAGCACCAAAUCUAGUAUUUUAUCUGACAAAUCAGCUCCAUCAAGGCACUGUAACUUCGGCAAACAAUGUCACCAAUUGGAUGGGAACAACAAUGAUGACACCAAUCCUAGGCGCAUAUAUUGCAGAUGCUUAUCUCGGUCGAUAUUGGACCUUAAUAAUCUCCUUCAUAAUCUACUUAUUGGGAAUGAGCUUUUUGACCCUUACUGUGUCACUGCACUCGCUACAGGCAACGCCGUGCAAUUUAUCAAACACCGACCAAGAUUGCAACAACCACAUUUCUCGGUUUCAUGCCAACCUUUUCUUUUGUUCACUUUAUGUUAUAGCUGUUGGUGUUGGUGGAAUGAAGGCAAAUUCAUCCACUUUUGGGGCCGACCAAUUUGACAAUUUCAAUUCCAAGGAGCGAGCUCAAAAGGUUUCCUUCUUCAAUUGGUGGACGGUCGCCAUCUUCAUCGGCAAUCUAUUCUCUUGCACAGUCCUCGUCUACGUCCAGGAUAACGUUGGCUGGUCUUUUGGAUACGUUCUAUCAACAAUUAUGAUACUUAUUGCGAUAUGUUUGUUAUUAGUCGGCACUCCAACGUACAGGCAUAGGGUGCCUUCUGGUAGUCCUUUCACCAAGUUAGCCCAAGUGUUUGUCACGGCAACAAGGAAAUGGAAUGCGCCCAUCCCUGAAGAUUCAGAACAUUUAUUCGAACUUGACGAGCAAUAUUAUUCCAAGGAGGGAAAGCAUAAAAUAAAUCACACUGAUUCGCUCAGGUUCCUUGAUAAGGCAGCAGUGAAGACCGAGAAGUCCUCAGACAAUCCAUGGAAGCUUUGUCCAGUGACUCAAGUAGAAGAAACAAAGCAAAUGAUGAAGUUGCUUCCAGUGUUUUUUGUGACGAUCAUACCAAGCGUUAUGAUAGCUCAAGUGCUAACUCUGUUUGUGAAGCAAGCAGCAACACUUGACCGUAGUAUCGGCCCUCAAUUCAGCAUACCACCUGCAAGCCUCUCAGCUUUCUAUGUCAUCGCCAUUAUAGUCACUGUUGUGCUCUAUGAUCGAUGGUUUGUUCCAUUAUGCAGAAAGCACACAAAGAAUCCGCGUGGAAUAACAUUACUGCAGAGAAUUGGCGUAGGCCAAGUAGUGUAUAUUGUUGUGAUGAUCAUGACAGCCUUCAUAGAGAGAUGGAGAUUGAGCAUAGUGAGAGAAAAAGGACUUGUUCAUCAGAAUACAGAGGUUCCAUUAACUGUGUUUGCUCUUUUGCCACAGUUUUUGGGCAUAGGAUUUGCAGCAAUGUUGGUUGAAGUUGGAAAGAUGGAGUUUUUCUAUGAUCAAUCUCCGGAGAAGAUGAAGAGUUUGGGGGCUUCCAUCUACACUUCGAGCUUGGGAGUAAGCUACUUUCUCAGUAGUUUUCUUCUGUCGAUUGUGUCCAAAGUGACAAAGAUGGGCAAUAAUGAUGGAUGGAUAGUGAAUAACCUGAACGCAUCUCAUCUCGACUAUUACUAUGGGUUUUUAGUUGGUCUGAUUGUCGUUAAUUUUGUCUUGUUUUUGGUCGUUUCGAAGUUUUAUGUUUAUAAUAGUGUUGUUGGCAAGUGUGAGGAGGAGACGAAGGAAACAACGGUGCCAGAGUAG